CAAAUCUGAACACUGAGUUUAUCAUAACUGAUGUUUUAUAGUCGUUUUUACUGAGAUGAGUCUGGGAUACCCUUCCAAAAAAGAAAAUAACAAACUCUACAAAGGGUGCUAGUUAUUAUCCCUUUAAAGGAACACACAAGCCUAAGGUUCUACCUUUAUAAAUGGAUCACCCCACCAUCUAAUUCUUUAUUUUCCUACCAUCUACCUUUCAAAAACUUGCACUUAACCAUGAAAUACAAUGAAAUUUCUCACUUCAGCCAUCCUGAACACGGGCUCAGAUACGACUACACCCGAGUCCCAUUCAAGUGCGAUGGAUGCAAGGAAGCUGGGAUAGGGUCCAACUACAAGUGCACCGCAUGCAACUACGACUUGCACGUUCAUUGUGCUCUCUCGCCCCCUUCCAUCUCCCACCCUUUUUACACCAAGUGCUCCUUCCAGUUCCUUGCCAUCCCACCAGGCUCAGUACCCCGUUACUGCAAUGCAUGCGAGAAGGACAUCUCUGGGUUCGUCUACCACUGCAAGGCAUGCGGGUUUGACCUCCACCCGUGUUGUGCGAAGCUCCCAACCAUGUUGGAUGAUGGUGAGGUCAAGUUGUACUUGUGCCGGAAAGUGGGGUCCGCUUGCCACAGAUGUGGUAGGAAAGGACGAAGCUGGAGCUAUAGGUCAACAUGCAAGAAGUACAACUUGCACGUGGCGUGUGCAAAGGAGAUGCUGGUGGAGAGUUGGCACGAUAUAUAUUAUGGUGCGGUCAGGGAUGGGGAGAAUGGUGAUUACAGUGGUGGUACGUACGGGCAAAGUUGGACACUGGAGACCACAAUUCCUAACUUGAAGGGAACACUACAGAGUUACCAUCGGAGGGACAAAAAGCGUAAAGGGAAAAUGAAGAAAUGCUGUCAGAUUGCUGGUUUAGCUGUACAGUUUGUGAUAUCAGCAGUUCUUGGUGAUCCUACGACUCUAAUUGCUGGUGUUGUUGGUGCUUUAAUGUCAAAAUAAAGUGUAUACU